CUCGGUCUCUUGCACGGAGGAAUGGGUUGGGGUUGGCAGCUCUGAAGUCAGCCGUUUGGGGCCCCAAGUCCAGUUCUGCCUCAGCAGAGGUGUGGGGCACUGACCUUGUCCAGCUGUUGUGCAGGCUGUUGGCUCCAUGAGAAGCACCAGGCAUCGCUCCAGGUGUUACAGGUGCCCAGGAAACAGCUGUGUUUCUGGGAGCACGGGCUCCUGUGGGUGGCUCUCUAUUUCCACACCAUUGCCCCACACAUACAGCUGUGUGGACCAGAGGCACGAAGCGCGGGAUGCCCUGUACAGGGGCCAGCCGCUGCCCCGCUGUCACUCACACGGCCUCUCCUCCUUUCUCCAGACAUGCUGCAGCUCAUCACCAACCAAGACAGCGACUUCCCGGGCCUGUUCGACCCACCCUAUGCCGGGGGCGGGGCAGGGGGCCCAGACCCUGCCAGUCCCGAUGCCAGCUCCCCAGGCAGCUUGUCCCCAUCUCCCGCCACAAUGAGCUCCCCACUCGAAGGCUUCCUGGGGGGACCCAAGGCGACACCUUCACCCCCCCAGCCUGCACCCACCUCCCUGAAGAUGUACCCGUCUGGGCCUGCCUUCUCCCCUGGGCCUGGUAUCAAGGAGGAGCCGCUGCCGCUGACCAUCCUGCAGCCCCCAACCCCACAGCCCCUGCCGGGGUCCCUCCUGUCCCAGAGCUUCCCGGCCCCAGCCCCGCCACAGUUCAGCUCUGGCCCUGUGUUGGGCUAUCCCAGCCCCACGGGAGGCUUCUCCACAGGGACCCCUCCAGGGAGCACCCCGCAGCCGCUGCCUGGCCUGCCACUGGCUUCCUUGCCAGGGGUCCCGCCCGUCUCCUUGCACACCCAGGUCCAGAAUGCGGCCCCCCAGCAGCUGCUGACAGCCACGGCCAACCCCACAGCAGCCCCCGGAACAACCGCGGUGACCUCGCAGAUCCAGCAGGUCCCGGUCCUGCUGCAGCCCCACUUCAUCAAGGCAGACUCCCUGCUCCUGACGACCAUGAAAACAGACAUGGCAGGCACGGUGAAGGCAGCAGGCAUCGGCUCCCUGGCCCCUGGCACAGCCGUGCAGGCGGCGCCCUUGCAGACGCUGGUGAGUGGAGGAACCAUCCUGGCCACGGUGCCACUGGUAGUGGACGCCGAGAAGCUACCCAUCAACCGGCUGGCAGCCGGUGGCAAGGCCCCGGGCUCGGCCCAGAGCCGUGGGGAGAAGCGCACAGCCCACAACGCCAUCGAGAAACGCUACCGUUCCUCCAUCAACGACAAAAUCGUCGAGCUCAAGGACCUGGUAGUGGGCACUGAGGCGAAGCUGAACAAGUCCGCUGUCUUGCGCAAGGCCAUCGAUUACAUCCGCUUCCUACAGCAGAGCAACCAGAAGCUCAAGCAGGAGAACCUGAGCCUCCGCUCUGUGGCCCAGAAAAGCAAAUCUCUGAAGGACCUGGUCUCAGCCUGUGGCAGUGGAGGAAACACAGACGUGCCCAUGGAGGGCAUGAAGCCCGAGGUGGUGGACACGCUGAGCCCGCCACCCUCGGACGCCGGCUCGCCCUCUCAGAGCAGCCCCUUGUCCCUUGGAGGCAGGAGUAGUGGCAGUGGUGGCAGUGGCAGUGACUCGGAGCCUGACAGCCCAGUCUUUGAGGACAGCCAGGUGAAGCCCGAGCAGCUGCUGUCCCCCCGCAGCCGGGGCAUGCUGGACCGCUCCCGCCUGGCCCUGUGUGCACUCAUCUUCCUCUGUCUCUCCUGCAACCCCUUGGCCUCCCUGCUGGGCAGCCGGGGUCUCCCCAGCCCCUCGGAAGCCAGCAGCACCUACCACGGUCCUGGCCGCAACAUGCUGGGUGCUGAGGGCAGAGAUGGCCCCGGCUGGGCCCCGUGGCUGCUGCCCCCACUGGUCUGGCUGACCAACGGGCUGCUGGUGCUGGUCUCCUUGGCGCUUCUCUUUGUCUACGGAGAGCCAGUCACGCGGCCCCACUCGGGCCCCGCCGUGCACUUCUGGAGGCAUCGCGAGCAGGCUGACCUGGACCUGGCCCGGGGGGACUUCGCCCAGGCCGCCCAGCAGCUGUGGCUGGCCCUGCGGGCCCUGGGCCGCCCGCUACCCACCUCCCACCUGGACCUGGCCUGCAGCCUGCUCUGGAGCCUCAUCCGCCACGUGCUGCAGCGUCUGUGGGUGGGCCGCUGGCUGGCGGGCCGGGCCGGGGGCCUGCAGAGGGACUGGGCCCUGCAGGCGGACGCCCGCACCAGCGCCCGGGACGCGGCACUCAUCUACCACAAGCUGCACCAGCUGCACGCCGUGGGGAAGUACACGGGCGGGCACCUCACUGCCGCCAACCUGGCCCUGAGCGCCCUGAACCUGGCGGAAUGUGCGGGGGACGCUGUGUCCGUGGCCACGCUGGCCGAGAUCUAUGUGGCCGCCGCGCUGAGGGUCAAGACCAGUCUCCCGCGGGCCUUGCAUUUUCUGACACGCUUCUUCCUGAGUAGCGCCCGCCAGGCCUGCCUGGCACAGAGUGGCUCGGUGCCUCUUGCCAUGCAGUGGCUGUGCCACCCCGUGGGCCACCGUUUCUUCGUGGAUGGGGACUGGGCCGUGUGCAGUGCCCCGAGGGAGAGCCUGUAUAGCUUGGCCGGCAACCCAGUGGACCCCUUGGCCCAGGUGACUCAGCUGUUCCGCGAGCAUCUCCUGGAGCGAGCACUGAGUUGUGUGGCUCAGCCCAGUCCCAGCCCUGGAGCGGCUGAUGGGGACAGGGAAUUCUCGGACGCCCUGGGGUACCUGCAGCUGCUCAACAGCUGUUCCGAUGUGGCCGGGGCGCCCGCCUGCAGCUUCUCCAUCAGCUCCAGCAUGGCCACCGCCACCGGCACAGACCCUGUGGCCAAGUGGUGGGCCUCGCUGACGGCCGUGGUGACCCACUGGCUGCGGCGCGACGAGGAGGCGGCUGAGCGGCUGUACCCGCUGGUGGAGCACUUGCCCCGUGCCCUGCAGGAGUCUGAGAGACCCCUGCCCAGGGCGGCUCUGCACUCCUUCAAGGCUGCCCGGGCUGUGCUGGGCCGCGGGAAGGCAGAGUCUGGCCCGGCCAGCCUGGCCAUGUGUGAGAAGGCCAGUGGCUACCUGCAGGAGAGCCUGGCCACCACACCAGCUGGCAGCUCCAUUGACAAGGUGAGGGGUGGUGCCGGGGGCCUGGCAGGUCUGAGGGGGGCGGUCACCCCCUUUCCAUCCCUGGAUGUCCCCCCUUGUGCGCCACAAGACUGUGGGGUUAGCCUCCCAGUACCGGCCAGGGGGCCCGGCUCGCCUGGCUUUUUGGCUAAGGCUUGGGUCCAGGGGAGAGUGGCUGCCCCCCUCUGGCCCCACUGCGGGGGGAGAGGGGUCUGGCAGAGCCCUCUUUGGAGGCCGCUCCUGUGGCAGGUGGCAGGCGUGGGGGCCUGGAGAGGCGGGCGGCCCCGCGGUGCAUUGCUGUUGCAUUGCACGUGAGUGACGCGGGUGCAGUGCCUCGGCAGUGCAGCCCGGAGCCGGCCCCUGGCACCGC